CAACUGCAGUUGUGAUUCACGUUCGCGAGUUGUAUCGCGGUUCUUCCGUUUUUACUGACGUGUGUUCCGCAAUGGUUAAGAAAACAUAAUGCAGCGUCCGAACCCGCGAUAUUAGCACAUUGCGCGAAAAAAGCGCGAUUUUGUUCGUGGCAAUCAUUGACAGUAACCACAUGGACGCGACCAAUGGGCAGAAGCUCUUUGGGGGGCAAUGCUCUACCAGAGGAGGAGAAUCAGCUCCUGACAAAAGUAAAGAAUGGCAAUUGGAAUUAUCAAUGGAAAAAUUACGUUCCAAAGCUGCUACAUUUAAACCUCUGGUAGAAACUGCCAAAAAUGUACGUAUGGCUAUGUUGGACAAGAGAUUUGCAAUUGAUAGUGUAGAAAAAAAUCAGUUGCAGAAGUGUUUAGAUACUUUGCAACACUCUAUCAAGGUUACUUCAUUUCAGUCUAUGGUAGAGCGUCUAGAAAGUUUAUCAAGACAAUUAGGAUUAAAGUUUAUGAUGUCAGGUAAUCCAGGCACAGAAAUAUUUAUAUCUUCUGACAUGUUUUUUGUCGAAGUUAUGUUAGAACCAUCAGGCCUUGUUAAAGAUGUGAAGAUUCAUCAUGAAGGAAAAAGUGAACAACAAAGCUGUGAGGCGCUUGCUUCUGCGCUUUCACGAGGAGAUUUUGUGGAUUUCACUACGCAACUAGAAGGUCUGUCAUCGAUAUACCAAUUAAAUGCCGACAAGAAAGUGAAAUGUAAAGCAUUUAGCGCUUUGCAAUCUCUUGAAACUGAUCUUGGUGUUUUGGCUCAGUUGCAAACAUUCAUGAAAGAACCGUUUAAUCUAGUUCACAAGAGUCCUGUUGGAAUCUUGGAAAGAAGAAGAGGCGGUCAUCCAAUGAAAUUGACGUAUUUCGUAUCGCCGUACGACUUGAUUGAUGAAGAGACUGAAACGUCCGACAUUCUGAAUCCUGAAAUUAUAAUUAAACGCAAGAUUGGCUACUCGGUGACUGUUUGCAUGGAGGGUUCAACGGGUAACAAAUUACCUACAUCUAGUAUCAUAGCUGUUAAUAGGAGUCCUACAGGGAAAAAUACACCUUCGUACGCUUCGCUGACUAGUACAAACUCCUCUAUGUUGCCUGCCUGUUUUGUGCUGAAACUUGGCAAAAAAAUGCCGAUUUGCAUGGAACUCGUGAAAAAAAUACAGAAAGUCACGGAACUCGAGUGGAGUGACACAUCCGCGUCAAGUCCAAUACUCAGUUUAAUAAUACAACACGCAAGCGAUGGUCAGUUGGAUUGUCGUAAUAACAGAGGUUUAUAUGUGACCUUGCCUGAUCAGCAGCAUUGCUAUUUCAUGACAGAGAACAAGAAUAUGGAAGGUGUGCUGGUAAGCAGCAUUCCUUUCACACAUCCCGCGCAUGUACCGCAGAUCCUGAUAUGUCUUCGGCAGCAGGCGCUAUUCAACUGUUUGAUUGCGAGUUGCGUGCGACCGAUGGCGCGCCAAGAUCCCGAACAUACGACUAUACUGGAAGUGAGUGCUCUUUCGUGGCAACGUAUCAGUGUGAGCGUGGAACACCCGUAUGAAGAAACGAUGGCCACGGCAGAGUUAGAUCUGACAGACAUAUCGGCGCUCAAGUGUCGGCAAUAUGGUGUGAGUAUGACGCAGAUUGCGGAACAGAACUCGGAAUUAGGUGGACGGGUGUUACAGCGUUGUCUCAGCAUACCGCUGACAAUGCGAAGUUUGCUGAUAAUCUGGGAGGGCAACUCAUUGCCCGCGGUGAUGAAUAAUCUGACCAGUAGUGGAAAUUUGACUGGCGGCGGUAACGGGAAUUACAAUCUUAAUCUCGGGCCCGGUGGCAAAGAUCAGACUGGACAGAACGGUACUACAUCCAGCAUGCCGGACUUCACGAACAGUGAGACAAAAGUGAAGCAAGAACCCGGUCUAAACAAUGGUAGGCAAGCGCAGCAGCAGCAGCAGCAACAGCAGCAGCAGCAAUUGCCGUCGUUACAUCAAUUACAACAACAGCAACAAUUGCAUCAGCAAUCUUUUUUAGAUUCCGGAACGGAAAAUAGUAUCGGUUUUCCGUCUUAUUCCGGCCAAUCCGAUACGACAAUGACAACGACAAUGGGUACUGCGACAAACAACGCCACUGCUUCUAUGCUGAACCCACUCCAGUUGGGUGCGUUGCUAGGGCAAGCAAAGAACUCGUUAACAGGUAAUUCGGGUUCGAACGAGCGCAAGAAGACACGAAAGCGAAAAACCGGUUCGGACGGUCUCUGGCGUAGCCCGAAACGAAAAGGCGAUAGCGGUGAUACUGCGGAAAUUCUCUUGGAGAGUUCAAGCUCUGAGAGCUCGACACCACUGGGAACGCCUACGGGCGGUAGAGAGAAUCUCACAUCCGAAACUAGAACAUCCACGCCGACCUCGGCCACUAGUUUAGCGAGUGGUAUAGAUUUCUCGAAUCUGGAUGCUACUGAUAUACUUGGUACCGAUAAGAGUAUCUCGGAUUACGAUCUCGAUAAUUCCGAAAGAGACAGUGAGAUCGCAGAGAUACAGACUAGUGUUGAUCAACAGCAGCAGCAACCGGAUGUUGAGGAGUUGAUGAAGACACGCGAGUCCACCUCGUUGACGCGAAAAUCAAAGAAGAACCGAAGUGGUGGCGAAGAGAAGAAGUCAAGUCCGACGAACAUAUUUGUCGACGAUACACCAACGAGCAGUAACAAUAACAAGGCUCUGCCGGUGCCACCGUCAGUAAGUAUUACUCCGAUUUCAUGCGGUAAUCUGGAUCAAUCGAGCACCACCAACUAUAACUCCGUACUGACGGGCAUGGGUUUGGAAAGGAGGCCCGGUAUAGAGAUCAUUCCUAUCGCUUCGUCGCCGUCGCAAACUAACUUGCCGAGCUCGAUCACCAUCACGCCAAUCACCGGGCCGGCGCCCUCGCCGAAGACUGGUGGCUUGAAUCAGUCGACAGACGAGUCGCAGCGAAGCGAGCGGAAAAGCAGUGGGAAAAGCAGUAGCAGUGGUUGCGGCGGCGGUGGCAGCAGCGGCGGCGGCGGCGGCGGCGGCGGCAAGAACGGAGGCUCAGAGGAUAACAAUAAAAGCGGUGGAAACAAGCUGGAAAAGCGACGCAAGCGUAAACGGGAAGAUAGUCCGAUGGGUCCACCGGAAAAAGUGCCAUCCAGCGGCAAACAGCAGGAUCCACUCUCAAAACAAAUGUCGGUGAGUAUCAAAUCAAGCACCGAGCAAUCGCCACCGAGCGGCGGCGGCGGCGGCAGUCUCAACUGUUCAUCAUCGCGACCUACUUCACCUGCGGCCAUGAGAAAAUUUAGCUUGUCACCGACACAUGCAACUUCGUUCGCUACGCUCGUAGGUAAGUCUAGUCCCACCUUGAAGACCGGUCAGUCGACAGCUUGCGGCAACAAGUCGGUGCAGAGUCCGAAACAUUCGCCUGUCUAUGGCAACAGUCCGAAACACAAUGUGCCGAACGUACCAGUAGUUUCCAUGUCGGUUUCGAUGUCGCUUUCGGUUUCCACAGUGUCCAACACGGUGGGCAAUAUACCGUCUGUGGCGGUAUCACUGCCAGUUCCAGCGCCGGCAAAUGCAAGUCCCAAACACGGCAGUACUUCGUCACCAAAGCACGGCAGUUCGACCAGCAGCGGCAAGCCGAGCAUGUCCGCUCUGAAAUCAGCGACGAACUCGCCAUCCAGCAAGAGCGGCGGUAGUGGCUCUUCCGACGCAACGGCGAUUCCGUCCAAAGUCAAACCUUCGUCUUCCUCUAGUAAAGAUUCCUCUAAUCGCGGCGAUAAAGAAAGAAGAACGUCAUCCGUCAGUUCUUCCAGCAGCUCGACUGGUCACCAGAGCCCUAAGACUAAAGUCUCUUCCAGCGGUAAACUGAAGCAAUUGGAGAUGAUAUCCUCUAGUAGCGUCGAAACUGCGCAGGUUUCUUCUCUACAGUCCUCCAACAAUAGCGGCGGCAACACUCCGCCUUCCGGACAGAUAGAUGCCGCGAGUAAAUCCGCAAUCGCAGCUCAGCAAGCGAGAAAUAGAAAGAGCUCUCUCAAUGCUGUAAUUGACAAGCUCAAAAACGCUCAGCAUUGCACCGAAUCUGACGCUUGCGGCAAUGGCGGUGGCAAUACUAGAAGUAAUACCGGUUCCUCGAGCGUUGGCGGUGUCAGUACUAGCGGAAUGAGCGGUGGACAGAAAGAGAAGAGCACUGGCAGCGGUUCGUCGUCAUCGAGCAGCAACAAAACUGUCGUUGAAGGAGGAAAGUCUUCCUGCAUCACCAAAAACUCUGUAGACACAAAGAAUCCGGCGUCCGAGUACAUGGUAAAGCACAGCUCGGAUGGUAUCAAGAUCACCAUUAACAAAACUCGCACCAAGGAUUCUAAGCAGUCGACAACUAAUCUGAAGCUGUCGUCUUCAUCAUCGGGAACACUAGCGGUUACGACCUCUUCAAACUCUUCAUCGUCGGUGACUUCUUCAUCCAUGAUUGGUGGCAGUAAUGGUUCACCGAAAACGCACACGGGUCUCAAGCCUGGCGUGAAUUCUGGACCGGCGUCAAAGAAGCCACAGACGCUGCAGACUCCGCAGAAAUUAUUAUCCACAAAGAUGAUGUUAGCCGCUGGCGGUAUGAAAUCGGCUAUUUCUUCUUCGGGCUCGCCGAAUCUUGGUAGCGGUACAAACAUUGCAGGUGUGAUUACAACUGGAAACAUUGGGGGGAAUUCACUGAAGAGUUCAGCAAAGUCUUCUGGUUCGCCGAAGACAAGCAGUUCCGGUGCGACCGAUCUGAGUCGUGCUCGUGAUAAGUCUAGGAUUCCUAAGUCUAAUGAUAAGGGAGUGUUUACAUCGAAGAGUUUGAGCGACGCCAGGAAAUCGAGUCCAUCCGCUUUGCGUGAAGAAAGCGACAGUGAGCGAGCUUUCAAAUUGUUAGCUGCGCACGCGUCGAUUCCUAACUUACCGUCGACUUUACCUCCGCAACUGGUGAUGGAAGGUCUGAAGCAAUUAGACACUAGAUUUCAGAUACCAAAGUUGUCGGCUCGAGCGAAUGUCGCAGACGCUGAUAAAAAUAAAUCCUCGGACAAGCUGCCAAUUCUGUCUGAUUCCACCAAACAAACUCUCGACGGUCUAAAGCCAGAAACUGGCAAGGUUGCCGGUGUGUCUAAUGUGUCAGUAUCUAAGUCUCUGUCGGACGACCAAUCAAGACGCGAUCAUUCGCAAACAAAACCAGACAAUCUGUCAAUUACUACUUCCGCCUCGGGUGCAAUAUCUCUGAAUUUGGUCGAAAAUGUCAGUGGUCUGAUGUUGCCCCUACAAUCAACUGCUGACUCGGACGUGCCUACCAAUCUGUGCAUUCAGUCACUUGUGAAUGACGAGUCAUCUCGUGACUCCUGCAAAGAUUUAAGUAUGAGACAGCUGUCGAGCAGCCAGCAAUUUCUUGGCAAAGUCGACGACACGAACGGAGGUAUGUUAUCCAAAAGCAACAUAUCGGAUCAGUUGACGUCAUCGUCCAAAACGUACACGCCGAUUACGAGUUCCGGCAUCUCGUCCACAUCGUCGACUGGCAGUUCUAUUGUCGUCGAGAGCUUGAAUCUAAGCACAAAACCAGCUGACCAGGCCGCUCUGCAGGCCAAGUACAACAAAAUUAUAACUGAUGAAAAGAAGCAGACGUGCACCGUGCCGUCAUCCUCCUCGUCUUCGUCCAUCUUUUCGUCAUUAAGCGGUAUUGCGGCUGUGUCCGAUGGCAAUUCGAGUAUUGUCGUGACAUCAUCAGACGGCGGUGGCGAACAAGAAACGACGGUCGCGGCAGAGAUGCUGUUGGACUUUUCCACGGCGAACAAGGACUCAAUAACGAAGAGUCACAGUCUGCCAGCGACUCUAACGCAGCAUCAUCUAACGACGAUCUCGGAAAGAGCGAUAACGCAGACGGCGCCGGUGGUUCGACGUAACACUCCACCGCCACCGCCUCCUCCACCACCAUUGCCGACACCUUUUCCACCUGUUGCCAGCCCGUCUGUUAGUGUGCACAUUGUCAAGAGUCCAGCUCCGAGUCCCCGAGUAAUUCCUCCCUCCCCUCAUUCCUCUGCGUCGCCCUGUAUUACCGACGACGAACUUAUGGAUGAAGCUCUGGUCGGUUUAGGCAAAUGAAGAUUACUUAAAUUUUAAGAAGAUAAACGUUUUUUUUUUUUUUAACAUUCUAGGACAGAAAAAUUCACCAGGAUGCAAAACACUCGUCACAGAAAUGCGAGAUAUGCAUAUUUUCAGGAAAGCAUGUUUUGUUUUUGCAUAGUAUUUCUUGUGUGUAUUUUCUUUGUUAAUCUUAUUAUUACAUAUUUGAUAUCGAUUGAUUAUAAAACCCAUCGAGGAUGAUAAUCUCUUGAAAUUAUGUCGUAUUAAUUUAUAAUAUCAUGUCAAUUAACUUACUUGUAUUGAUAUGUCGAUAUAUCAUUUUCUGCUAUAAUAUAAUGAGACAACAUUUGCGACAAUUGUUGGAAUUCUCAAGCAAGGAAUACGCUAAGAACGUGAAUUUUCUUCUAUUUUCAAGCGAGAAUGAUAAUAUUCCUUAGAUAUGUAUGCUAUGACAGAGAGGAAAUACGAUUGCGAAACUAGAAUACGAGGAGAAUUUAUCAUCAUGCGGAAUCAUAGAAUCUUACAAUUGCAUAGAAAUACUAAAUGUGUAAAAAUAAUAUCUUUAUUUUAAUGUAGAUUUGCGCAUGUUGAGUAUAAAGUUUUAAUUUCUUUAAAGAAAUCGAAAUAAAAACCGAUUCAGUUCAGUUUAGUUCUAAUUUUUGUAAAUUCUUUUAUACAACUGAAUUACAUAUAGAGUGGGGAAAAAAGAUCAGUAUUUCUGAAUAACUCGAAAAAUAUAAGUUUUAUAGAAAAAUGUUUUGGACAAAAGUUGUAGGGUGUAAAAAUAUUCAUUUACUAACAUUAUCAGUUUGACCUUGGAUGGUGUCGCCAAAGUCGGAACAAGAUCGCUUUGAAUUUUUAAAAUCAGAAUCGUAAUUAGCGAUAUCAAAAACCUUUAGAACCGCUAAAAUUCAAAUUUUGAAAAUUUUCAACAUUGGCUAUACCGUUAAGGGCUGCUAAAAUUCAAAUUUUGAAAAUUUUCAACAUUGGCUAUACCGUUAAGGGCUGCUCUGGCUACUAUAGUGGCCAGCAACCAACUCGGAAAUUUUGCGCAACAUGUAGGUUGUCUUCUAUAUAUGCAUACAUUUUACGUUAAAAAAAUUCAAUAUUUUAAAGGAAAAAUGCUGGCUCUCUACAGGUUAAGUAAGACGAACUUUUUAUGGUAAGAUGUAUAGUUCACAAUGACAAGAUCGGCAUGAUCCAGCCAAUAAAGGCAAGACCGGCAAAAUCAAAGCACUAUUCGCCCGAUGAAGACAAGAGAUUGCAUGCCGAAUUUAUUUUCAUUGUCUGGAUCAUCCUCCGAUCUUGCCUUCGUGAACUAUACAUCUUACCAUACCAAAAAAUUUGAUAACAUCUUACUUAACGGAUAAAAUUAUAGUGCUUUAAAGAAAGGCUAAAAGAAUAUGUAUUAACCCUUAACCUACUUACAUCUAGGGUAGAAUUUACUCCAGGCACUUUUCGUACGAAAAUUUAGCUACGUAAAUCGUUUAAAAUCAUACUUGUGACGCUAUUUAUCAGUUAUCGAGAUGUGUUGGAACACUUAGGCUUACUCACGGAGCGUCAGCUUGCUCUUGACAUUCGAGAGAAGUUGAUAGUUCGAAAUUCUGGAGUAGGAGCUACCCAAUGUAGGGUACAUAUGUUUUGCUUAUAAAAUUUCAUAUUUUGUACAUCAAUUUUUUGUUUAUUUUUCUUUCGAAUAAUGUUACGUGUAGAUAAAAAAAAUUUUCUUAAGAUAAAAAAACAAGAACGAUGCCCUUCAUGCCGGCGUUAUAUGUGCGAUGACCACCGUUCAGCGCUGUGCACUGAUUGUGCUUGUACAGAUUAAAAAAUAAUAAUUCAAUUCUGACUACUAAAAAAUGUAUUGGUCUUCAUGUUUUCAUAUUUUUAUACUUUUGACAAAUAAUUGCAAUAUUUAUAAUGGGUUACGACCGUUAAAUAAAAGAAAUAAUUAACAAUGAUAUGACGAUGAGUAGUAUUAUCACUGGUUCAGUGUGGAAAUCCAAAAAAUGAGAUAAAUAUGACGGCGUUACUGAACUGGAUGGCUGGGUGAUUUGCCAAGUAAAUAAUUCUUUUACAAAUAAAUAAUCUCAAACGUUUUGAUUUUAUUUAAAAUCAUCAGUGGAUAAAAACUUAAAAUGACUCACAUCCGCAUGUUAUAUUGACGAUAUUAUGGUCGAUAAUGACAACUAGGGAGACUAGUUGUUUUGCUGAAAGUUACGUCAAUACUGAAAAGACAUAAUGUUCAUUUAUCAUGUAACCGUACGUUUUUCAUUUUGCAUAAAACUGUUUACUUCAUGGUGCAAAAUAGAUAUACUUUUUGAAAAACUCACUAUAGGGCUAAUUUUUUCUUGAAAGUGUUGCAUCUCAAGAGAAAAAUCCCACAAGAAGUUUUAAAAACGUCAAAAUUGAAAAAGUUAUGAAAGUUUUAGUAAAAAAAACCCAUUUUUGUGAGUGGUUUUUGGAAGAAUUUUUUUCACUAACUUAAAAUUGAAAAAUCAUUAAAAAAAUCUAUGACGUCUCUUUUUAGAUGCUUCAAAUAGUGUAUAUAAAUUUUUUUGAGUUAUAAUAAUGAUUUCAGUGAGUUAGAUGAUCAUUUUAGUGGCUGAGGUAGACCAUACCCCAUGUGUAGGCUGUGAUUCUUAUGAAGUGUGUAGGUUAAAAAUUAAAAAAAAUUUAAAGUGACCUUGUUCUGACUUUGGCGAAGGUUAAAUUAAUAUCAGUAAAAUGGAUCUUUUUACACUCUACAACUUUAAAACAGUUUUCCAUAAAAUUUGUGUUUUUCGAGUUAUUCAAGGAUAUUAACUUUUUCCCUCACCCUGUAUAUUAAAUUUGGGUUAAGUUGAAUUUCGAAUAACAACAUCUAAAUUAUCAUUUUGUAUGCAUUUUGUGAUCUUUGAUAAUGUAAAACUGCGCUCAUUUAAUUUACCAGAUAAAUAUAAUUUCACGACAAUUUGAGUUUAAGUCAAAAACCGUGUUACAAAUAAGUUAGAUGUACAAAAAAAUCGUGUUAUAGGUUUCUUACAUCGUCGAGAUAUUGAAUUACAUUAUUUUCGGCAAACUGACCGCAGUAAAGAUUUGAAACAUAUAUCCGUUUAUUCUACUUUUCGCACUAUCCUCCCAUUCUUAAAAGAAAUAUCUAAGCAUGCCAUGAAAUAUAUUAGUGUUUCCGUUAGUUCCUUGACUCGAUAUGAUAAUCUAACAAGUCACAUGUCUUAAAUCAAUAAGUUUCUCAACACUGCCAAACAGAUCUGAUUGAUAGUUCUUUACUUCUUACAAUACGAAGAGAGUGAGUGAACAAAAGAGAGAAUUUGUUAUGUAUGUUCAUUUCUUCCCUGAAUUCAAUUUAACGUAACUUUGCGCGCGAUGUCACCUUUUAUUCUUUAUUGCUUUUUAUAAUAAAACAAGUUUUUUUCUGAAAAUGUAUUUUUUGUACAAUCAAGCGGUAAAUAUUGUGAUCCAAAAACACAAAGUAAACAUAUUCGAUGACAUUAUUACCGAGAAAAUGCUUCAUGCACAAUGAAGAGUGAGAGUGAACAUGUACACACGCGCGAGAGAGAAAGAAAACAGUUAAAGUAUUAAAAAGGCUGUGCCGUAAAACAACAGAGAAAACUAUGUAGAAAAAUAUCUGUGAGACAGUUUCUUUUUCUCUGCCUUCCAUUAGUGUAUGUAUGUGACAAGCGAAGUAUAAUUGGCACAUGAUCACAAAUCCUAGAACUUCCUUUCUUUCUCUUUAAUACAUUGCCAAUCACUCGGAGUGAGAUGUUUUUGUUUUAUGACGAGUCGCUGAAAAAUCAAGUGAAACUCUUUUCGCGCCUGCAUGCGUUUUUCUUUUAAAUAUAGUAACUCUUGUUUUAUAUUAAUACAUACAAUAUUUAAAAUCGUAUAACAUCGAUGUUCUCUACUUAAGUUUUAAGAGUUUUUCUUCGAAAUAUGUUAAAUAAAACGCAUUUUUUGUCUUCUUAAAAUUAUUGUAAAGACGUAUAAAAAUAUUUUUCUGUUUUGAUUGUUUUUUUUGUUUUUUGUUUUUCUGUUUGUUUUUUUUUUAACUGUGUGUUUAUAAGCUGCGUUCCAAGAUUCACUGCCUAUACUAAACAUCUAUACUUCACGUAUUCUAUAGAUUUUCAUUACUGGCGGUGAAUAUCGGAACGCAGCCAUAUAUUCAGAGAUAGAUAACUCAAGUGCGGGUCAGAAUUUAUAUUAGAUUUAAAUGAUUGUGUAUUAUACUGUAUGUAUAUAUAUUUAUAUGUACACGAGAAAAAAAUUAUAUAUUGUUAACUAUUUAGAAAGUAAGUUAUUCAGAAAGCAAGAUUUUGGAACGUAGUCCGGAAUCAACACAACCUUGCUAGUUUUAAAGAGAAAAAACUUUCUUACAAUAAGUGUGUUAUAUCCGUGCAUUUUGUACUCGAUAUAAGAACGCGCGCGGCAUUGUUUGGCACAGAAAAAUUUCAUACAUAUUUAUUUUAUUCUGAAACAAAGCUGCGUAAAACCACUGAGUAUUUAUGAUUUUAUCAUGCUAUAAGAACAUCAUUGCAUUUACAUUCAUCAGUUUGAGUGAUAGCACAAAAGUCUGUAGGUUGAUUUAGUUUUGAACCUAUGCAAACAGAUUGAUUGUCUUAUAUUGGGGGAGAGAGGAAUCUCACAGGAAUAGAUCAACUGACUAUCAGUUCAGGAUUAUAAAAAUUAUAAAUAGUUUUAAUUAAUUUUUCAUGUACAAUCUAGUACUUUGGUUCUCGAUCAUAUAUUUACUUGUACAUUCGAGAACAACAAGGUUGGGAUACUUGGUUUUUUUAUUAAGAAUAGAUGAAUGUGUGCAUAGAGUAAGAUGAAGAAAGAGAAAGGUGGAGCCGAAUAUAUUGCGUGAUUUCGCCUUUCUCUCUAUAAUUUUUCUAUUUUGUGCAAAUAAUAAAGUACUAUAAAAGUAUGUGUAUACUAUGAUACACAUUACCAUGUAAAUAUAUAUAUAUAUAUAUAUACAGUAAGAAGCAUAUAUGUAUAUAUAUAUAUACACAAUAUAUAUAUAUAUAUACAAUGCAAUGAUAUAUAUAUAUACAGUAAGAAGCAUAACUGAACCAAUGGUAAGAAAUUUUUAGUAAAUCAUUAUUUAUUGCUGCAAAUAAUACGUGAUACAAAAAAUAAAUUUUGUAUAUAUAUACAUAUUAGUUUUAGCUUAUGUAAGAUACUUUUACGGAUUGGAAAGAGCGUUUUGUUUAAAUAUAAUAAAGAAACAUAGCUGACUCAGUUUCACACCACCUUAUAAAUGAAAUGUUUACAUCAAAUGUUCUAGCAACAUGUUUACAUCUAGCUGUUCCAUGUGUUUACAUUAUAUAACCUUACGUCUUAGCAUUCAAUUCCUCGCAGUCAGCCAAAUGAAAAGACACGAAUAAAAUAAUAAUAAGUAUGAAGCCAAUUUCUUUAAAUUGUAUUAUUUAAAAAACCACUUCUCUACCUAAUGACGGUUUGUCAACGCGUCAAGUUGCAGAAAAAUGUAGUGUUAGUCAAUCAGCAGUCCAAAGAAUAAGAAAAAAUAUUGUAAAAAUAAAUUAUUGAACAUUCGAGGAAGACCCAAAAUAUUAUCACCGCAAGAUGAACGAAGAAUUGUACGUUAUAUCACAUCUGGUGAAGCUUCAAGUGCCAGUAUGACUGCAGAAUUAUUCAGGGAAGACACAAAUAUACGCAUAAGUGGACGGCUCGAAGAGCUCUUAAAAGAGCUGAUCUUAAAAGUAUUAAGAAAAUAAAAAAGCCAAUGUUAUCAAAGAAGAAUAUUGAACAUCAUUUGGAAUUUGCCAAAAACUAUCAAAACUGGACAAUUGCUGAAUGGAAACGAGUCAUCAGAAACAGGUCAGAUGAAACCAAACUUAAUAGAAUUUGUUCUGAUGGUAUUUCUGAUGUUAGAUUUGUAAAAAUGAAACUCUUAAACCGCGACACGUAAAGCAAACAAUAAAACAUGGAGGCGGAUCCAUAAUGUUUUGGAGAUCUAACAGCAUUCGGUGUUGAUUCAUUGCAUCGAAUUAAUGGCAUCAUAAACAUAUACAAGAAUAUUUUACAAGAACAUCUUUUAGAUGCUGUUGAAAAUAUGCCUUUUGAAGAAAAAAUGUAAUUUUCAUUGCAUGACCGUGAUCCCAAGCACACAGCUAAAAGCGUACAAAAUUGAUUUGAUACUAAAAAAUUUUCUGGUUUGGAGUGGCCUGCACAGAGCCCUGACCUUAACCCCAUAGAAAAUCUAUGGGUUUAUUAAAAAGGCGAAUGCGGGAUUCAUAUGAUUCUCAACCAACAUCGAUCACAGAAAUGUAUACUAGGAUUAAAGAACAGUAGGAACAACUAUCUCCAGAUUAUUGCAGAAAUUUAAUAGAGAAUAUGCCGAAUCGAAUUAAUGCAGUUUUGCAAGCGAAAGGAUUGUGGACAAAGUAUUAAGAAUAAAUAACAAUAAAUACUGCCGAAUUUUGAACGUGGUGCAAAACCGAGUCAAUCAAUUUUUGUUGCUAUUAAUAAAUAAAAAGACAGUAAGUCUGAUAUUUGAUGCUUUCGCGGUGUGUAGUAUUAACAUACAAAGCGCUAUAAAAAAGGACACCCGACCAAGAGCAUUUCAGUAUCAGGCUGCUCAGACCCUGAUGAAGUGAGCUGUAAUGUUCACGAAACGUUGGUAUAAAAAUGACACUAACGCGGUUCAAACCCGAAAAAACAUCUUUGAUUUUAUGUUAAAGACAGUAAGUAUUGUUAAAACAACUUCUUAUGUUAUUUCUAACUGUGACAAAAAUAUAUGUAAUGUUUAUUUUUUUAUAUUCGUUAGUGUUCUUAACACUAAAUAAUUAUUUAUACAAAACUUGUGGUUAUUGGUUCAGUUAUGCUCUUUACUGUAUGUACACAUAUACAUAUGUAUGUAAUAAAUACAAAAAAGAAAAGGAGAAGAAGGAAUGUAAAUUAUAAAUAAGAUUGUAUGCGUGUACACACUGAUUGUGUCUACGCAACGUAAAUAAAUUUAUAUAACACGAAAAAGAUUUACAUACACGUCUUUAUUACCUUCUGUGGAAAUGAGUUGAGUAAGCGUAUGUAAAACUUUGAUAAUAAAGACGAUGACUUUUUAUGAUAUAAAACAUUUAUGUAUUCAUUAAUUAAUAUAUAGCUUAACAGAUUAUUUUUUUAUAUUAAGUGAUAUAAUCUAAUGUUUAUUUUUAUAAUAUCACUUUCGCAUUGUAUGUACACAAAGAUGGCAGAAAGAUAGUACGAUAUACACGCGUUUUUUUACACAUGUUAUUUACUUAUACAAUUUAUAUACUUUAACUUACAAAAAAACGAGAUUCAUUUUUGUACACAAUAUUAGGUAUUAAAUUUACAAUUUUUUCUAAUGACACAGUACUUCGUUGAACUUUGCUGCUAAUAUUUAUCAAUUAACUUAUUAAUCAGCUUUAUAGUUAGAAUUAUACAUUAGUGAUUAUUAGUUAUAAUUAUAUAAUUAAUGAACUAUACUUGUAUUAGUUGAUUGUAUAUAAUGUAUGUAUAUAUAUAUACAGGGUGUCCCAGAAUUGGUAUAACAUCUCUCGUAGACAGG